AUGUCUGUCAUUUUCGGGCCUUUCAAAUGGUUCUAUCAUGAAUUCGGCAUCGUGGCCAUCCACGAGACUGGGAGAAAUGCCUGGCUCAUUAUCCUGGCACGGUCGUGCCGCAUGUUUGCGUACGGGACCAAUUCGUUGAUACUGGCAAUCUUCUUCUCGGCCUUGAACUACUCGGACCACCAGAUCGGCAUCUUCAUGACCCUCACCCUCCUCGGCGAUGUCUUCCUGGGCACCUUUUUGACCCUGAUCGCCGACCGGGUGGGACGUCGCCGUGUGCUGAUGGCCGGGUCGGUCCUCAUGAUCCUGAGUGGGUUUGUGUUUGCCGUCUUUGAGAACUUUUGGAUCUUGCUGGGUGCGGCCAUCCUAGGGGUCAUCAGUGUCACGGGAGGAGACUUUGGUCCGUUUAGGAGUAUUGAGGAGUCUGUUCUCUCACAGCUUACAACGCCUUCCAACCGCGCAGAUGUUUUGGCUUGGUACGUCACGACGUCAACGUUGGGGUCGAGCAUCGGCAGCGAAGCGUCCGGGAGGAUCAUUCACUUCCUCCAAGCACGCCCAGGAUGGACAGAGGUCGGCGCGUAUCAUGCGCUGUUUUGGGUAUACUCUGCCAUGGGGCUCGUCAAUGUCUUGUUUGUCUUCCUGUUGACCGAGGCUUGUGAGUUGAGACCGGAUAAUAAAGGGGACGAGUCAUAUGCCAGCGUUCCGCAGGACGACAGGGAUGAAGUUGGUGACGAAGAGGUUGAGCUUUCAACCAGACCAAACGGCACAGCCGCAAAUGAUAUCGAAGCAACCGCACCGACGACACCGACGACCCCAGCAUCACAUCACAUUUACCAGCCGACGCCGUCCUCCCACCGGUGGACGUCACGAGCCAAGUCCUGGCUCUCGAACGCCUUUGCGCAGAUCUCCAAGCCGACACGGACGAUCAUGUACAAGCUGUGGUUCCUGCUGGCAAUCGACUCGCUGGCGGACGGGAUGGUGCCGUACUCGCUGACCAACUACUACAUGGACAUCAAGUUCCACCCGUCCAAGUCGACGCUGGGCGACAUCACGUCGCUGUCGUACUUUCUGGGGGCCAUCGGGGCCGUAUUCGCGGGCCCCCUCGCGCGCAAGAUCGGGCUCAUCAACACCAUGGUCUUUACGCACGUUCCCUCGUCGGCCGCCGUGCUCUUCUUCCCCUUUCCGCCGUACCUGUGGCUCACGGCGGGGUUGCUGCUGCUGCGCACGGCGCUCAACAACAUGGACCAGGCGCCGCGCUCGGCGUUCAUCGCCGCCGUGGUCCGGCCCGACGAGCGCACCGCCGUCAUGGGCAUCACCAGCAUGCUGCGCAACCUGGCCGCCAUGAUGGGGCCCAGCGUCACGGGCGUCCUGGCCGAGGGCGACCGCUUCGGCAUCGCCUUUGUCGCCGCCGGCGUCUGUCGUCUCGCCUACGACUUCGGCCUGUACGCCCUGUUCAUCAACGUCAAGUUGGAGGGGUAUGGGAAAGGGGGGAAGACGCCUGGGCCGCGGCACGGUGGAGACGGCGAGAGCGAGAGCGAGAGCGAGGGCGAUGCAACGGAACAUCCUGCUCGAGGCUUGACUAACGGCAACGCCUCGGGCACUCACCACCACGGACACGAUGACGGGGCCAUCGUCGAGCUCGCCAGCCUGGCCAGUUCCACGGACAGUUUCCAUGAGCGCGGCGCCAAUCGCGACGACGCCGGCGAUGACAACGUGGAGAAAAUCCACGGUGACGCCAAAGAAUCCGAAUCGACCGUGACGGUAACCGCGAGGGGUUCCGCCCCGUCGAGUACCGAUCCCCGGAGCCUCCGAGUGCCUGAUUCCUCGUCGGACGCGCUGGCCCGCGUGCGCAGUCGGAGUCCGCACCGGUCGACGGCUCUCGAUUGA